GGAGAGGCUGAUGUUUCUCUUGAAGCUGCUUUUGCUGCAGUUGCUGAACACCUGGCCUGUAUCUCUGCAGUAUGCGAGAAUUACUACUGUUCAGUACCACCAUUUCAGUUUGACGAGAAUGAAAUUGAACAUAUUUUUCGCUACCACAGCAGAGAAGCAUCUCAAAACUUGCUAAGAACAUUUGAAGAUGAGGAAAGGAAAAAUGCUCCAGUAGUGGAAAAGCAAAACGUUACAAGAGUGAAAAAGCCUGAACGUCACAAAACUGAAGCAACUGCUUUAACUGAACCAACUGCUUUAAUUUCAGCUCAGCCAUCUGUAUCAGAAGAGAUCCUCUUUGAAGUGUCACCUGGCUCAUAUAUAAUCAACACAACUUCAUAUGAUGACACAAUCAAAGAAGCACACGUAGUAAAUGUUCAGCCAGGAGAAAGUGUAAAUCUGGUUUUUCAUUUACCUCCUAAGAAUGAAAAUUAAAAUCAAUUUCAAUGUCUGAGGUGUCAUCUUUUCAUACCUAAUAUAUUGAGUAUUCUUCUCUACCUUACUUUUUAACUGUUAUAGCUUGAACUUGAUUAACAUUUGCU